AUGAGUUUGGAGAUCUUUCUAAAAGGAGAUGUGUACUAUGGUGAUGUCAAGGGAAAGAUUCCUCAUGGUAAGGGUAAAUACACAUGGUCCGAUGGUACAGUUUAUGAGGGUAGUUGGAAAAAAGGAAAAAUGACAGGUGGCGGACGGAUCACUUGGACAUCUGGCACAACCUUUGAGGGUGAAUUUUGUGGUGGCUACCUUGAUGGAUUUGGCACGUUGACCAAUCCAGAUGGGUCAACAUACAUAGGGUCAUGGAGGAUGAACAUUCAGCAUGGGCUUGGGAGAAAGCAGUAUAGUAAUUCUGAUGUUUAUGAUGGUUCUUGGAAAGAAGGAGUACGUGAAGGAAGUGGUAAAUAUGAUUGGUGUAAUGAUGAUAUGUAUAUUGGAAACUGGAAAGGUGGAUUGAUGUGUGGUAGAGGGGUGAUGAAAUGGCUGAAUGGUGAUCUGUUUGAUGGUUAUUGGCUAAAUGGGUAUAGACAUGGGUCAGGUGUUUAUAGGUUUGUUGAUGGGAGUUAUUAUUUUGGGACAUGGACAAAAGGAGUCAAAGAUGGACGUGGCAUGUUUUAUCCUGGAGGAAGUAUUAGGUGUCCAUCAUCUAAAAGAUUAGGCAAAAAGAAACGAAGUAUAAAACGCAGUUUAUCUGACAAAAUUUCCAUUAAUGGAUUUUUUAAAGAGUUGGGUCGAAUAUCAAGUGAAAGUGUGGAUGAUGAUGUAGGCGAAAGUCUAGAUGACAAAAGUAUUGUAGUUUGUGAAAGGGAAUACAUACAAGGAGUUUUGAUUAGCGAAAGGAUUAAGAAUAAUGCAGGGGUGUUAUACAAAAAGGAAGAACAGCGAAAAUUUCAUAUGAAAGAAGUGGAAAGGAAGUCGUCUUUGGACAUUUUUGAAGGCCAUAAAAGCAGUUAUCUGAUGCUUAAUCUCCAGCUAGGUAUCAGGUACACUGUGGGCAAAAUUACACCAGUUCCUAUGCGUGAAGUUAGAUAUUCAGAUUUUGGAGAACAAUCAAGAAUAAGGAUGUAUUUCCCCAGGAAAGGCUCACAAUUAACACCUUCACAUUCUUCAAUAGAUUUCUAUUGGAAAGACUAUUGUUCUAUGGUCUUCAGGAAUUUGAGGGAGAUGUUCAAGUUAGAUGCUGCAGAUUAUAUGAUGUCCAUAUGUGGGGAUGAUGGUUUAAGAGAGCUUUCUUCUCAAGGGAAAAGUGGCAGCCUAUUCUAUCUCUCUCAUGAUGACAGAUUCGUGAUUAAAACCUUAAAAAAAUCCGAGCUCAAGGUUUUACUCAAGAUGCUUCCAAGUUAUUACAAACAUGUACAUGCUCACGAUAACACCUUGAUCACCAAAUUCUAUGGCCUCCAUCAAAUAACACUAAGAGUUGGCAAGAAGGUACAAUUUGUAGUUAUGGGAAAUAUGUUCUACACUGAACUUCAAAUUCACCAACGUUAUGAUUUAAAGGGUUCUUAUCACGGAAGAAAUACAAAUAAAGAUGAUAUAGAAGUGGGUACCACAUUGAAAGACCUUGAUCUUGCUUAUGAUUUCCAUAUGGACAAGUCGUUACGUGAUGCACUUUUCAAACAAAUCAAGCUUGAUUGUAUUUUUCUAGAAUCUCAACGGAUUAUAGAUUAUAGCCUUCUUUUGGGAUUGCACUUUAGAGCUCCUGAACAUCUGAAGAGUCUAUUGGAACCACCAGAUGCAUUUCACAAGUUGCAGAAAACUCUAGGUCCACUACGUCAUGUGGAUCAUUCUAUUCCUCCAAAGGGACUUCUUCUAGUGACACAUGAACCGAGUUCUGUGAACACUGAACCGGGUCCACAUAGUAGAGGAAGUACUUUAAGGGCAUUUUCGGUAGGUGACAAAGAAGUUGAUCUCCUUCUUCCUGGUACUGCAAGGUUACGGGUGCAGUUAGGUGUGAACAUGCCAGCUCAUGCAAACCAUAAGGUCUCUCACGAUAUUUCUGGUUCCACAGAAGUCAAACUUUAUGAAGUAUAUGAUGUCGUUCUCUAUCUCGGUAUAAUCGAUAUACUGCAAGAAUACAACACAAGGAAAAAAAUAGAAUAUGCUUAUAAAUCCACCCGCCAUGAUCCCAUCUCAAUAUCCGUUGCGGAUCCUAAAUUUUACUCCAAACGAUUCUUCAAUUUUCUCGAAAAGGUUUUCCCUUCUAAUACUUAAUUAUGAUAUUUAUAUUUUCAAUGUAACACAUGAUGUAUAAAUAUAUUUACUUAUCGUAUGUACAAAAAUAUGUUAAUAGUUAUAUCUAUAUGUGCAUUAUAUUGUAUUUGGG